GUUAAUUUUCAUAUCUCGAUUCUGGUUGGUUAAUAUAGUAUAUGUCUAAAUUUUGACGUGUCUACUUUAUGACCGGUCUACUUUUUGCUACGUAGUCAACAAACUGUUAUUUGAUUAAGUGAUCGUUAUGUGAAUAUGUCGCGACAUGAUGACGAAGACACGGAAUCAAACGUUGCUUCGGACACCGAUUGUGGGACACUUACGAGCUUCAAGUUAGAAUUGUCGAAAAAUCGAGCAAAAUAUCGUCGAAUUGAAGAAGGAUUGCUAUCGGACAAUGAGAAGGAGAAGCUGAACCAGCGGCGAGAACGGAACAAGGCAGCAGCUGCUAGGUGUCGCAACAGAAGAAGGGAAACCAUAUCUCGACUCGAAAAGGAAGCAAACGACUGGGAAGAUAAAGUACAUGAUUUGAGAUCUGAUAUCGAAAAACUGACUAAACAGCGUGAUCAACUUGAGUUUCUGUUACAAGUUCACAAUGCUACUUGCUCCUUAAUAAAUGAUCCCCUGCCCUCUCAAAGAUUAGACGAACUUUUAUCACAGUCUCUCCCGGCGCCUCCUCGAGCAGCUUCUGCAAACCACGUUCUCACACCCAGCUCUUCGUCUUUGCCUCCUCUGUCAGAGGUUGUCAAAACUGAAUCUAAAUUAGGUUUGGAGAUUCCGGUAACGAAAAACGGGCAGAUGUUAGCUUCGCACAGUUUUACUGAGAAUACUUUGAAACUGCUCAUUUUGAGCACUUCAAAUGCGACAGCUGUCAGUCGAAGUGGCGACUUAUUAGCACCCACAUCGUCGGUGACGGCACCGGCAGCUGUUAAACCUUCAUCGCUUACUCUUAACCUCAAUGGGUCCCAACCUAACGAAGAGACAUUAAAUAAAGCAACUUCGAAAGAAUCUUCAAAAGUAGGAUCACCACCCAAUUCAUCAAAUGAAACUAAUUCAGGAAAGGCUGCUACCAAAAACUUUACAUUGCCUCUGAUCGUGACACCAGUCACACCACAAGCUGACUAUAAUGGAGGCACGGCAGAUACCCCAUUGCUGGCGACUAACUUUCUCCUCGACAGUGUUCCCAAGUUCACGCCCAACACGCCCCUAUUCUGUGCCUCAGUGAGUAGCAGUGGACUACUAGGAACUAUGGCCAACACUACUUCCUCAUCUCAAAUGAGUCUGAGCCAGUUGAAAAACCAGCUCUCAACCGGAGGAUGGACUCCUGUUUUCACCACCUCAAAUGGACUUGCCGCUCCAGUGACUUUCGCCACCUGUACAGACUCCUUGUUCACGCCCGUGCUCGACGUCAAGAAUGAACCCUUCUCGCCUCCAUUGAGUUCAACCAGCACAGAGGCGAAUAGCAUCGCAACUACUGUUUCUGCCGAUUGAAGUCAACUUUUAAUAAGUUGAUGCUUGCUGUCUUCGCACAUUGUAUUGCUUAGUCUGUUCUAUUGUAUAAUCAUUUCGCAGUGUGCUUGAAAUAAGCACAGGCGCAGUGCUUUUGUCUGUGAUUGUUCAGAGCAUCAGUUGGUUCCGAUCAUCAGAUAGUUCCGAGCGUUGGUUUUUGUUGUAGUUCCGAGUACUAAAUAAUUACCACAUAAAAAUAGCCCUUAUGCGAAGCGAAGAAAAUGGUGCUAGAAGAAAAGAGAAGGUAAAUACGUUUAUAACCCACAGCUUGAUAGAAUCAUGGUAAAGUUUUAAUCUAUACGUAAAAUGCUUCCUAGUUUUAUAAAUCCCUGGGUUGACAAGCAAUGCUUAUACUAUUCCAUACCAUUGAAAAAAUGCUUGUCAUAUUCUUCCAGACUGGAAAAAUUACAUGAAAAUGUCAUAAAGUUUC